GCGCCCCGUGGAUAUCCAUGCGCCCGUGUCAGUGUCUCCGGAGGAGACGGCGGCGAGGAGGAGGAGGCGGCGGCAGAAGAAGCGGCAGAAGCAACGGCGGCGGAUGGGUUAAAGUUCAAAAACAAGAAAAGAAGCAUUGCUAGAAAGAUUUAAGAACAAGUCAUCCACGUGUCUUAAGCAGUUAUUUGAAAUCUACCUCACUGCGCAGUUCACAUUAGUGUAGAUUUCUAAGUCAACACCGUGCAUGGUUCUGUGUUUGGGCUUUAGUUGUGGAAGAGAAAUGCCUACCAUGUGCUAGGAUACAAGGUUGUGGAUCCUUUUAUUUCCGUGGUUCUGGAAUAUAAAGAGAGAAACAGGACAAAAUGGGGAGGAAGAAAAUACAAAUCACAAGAAUAAUGGACGAGCGGAACAGACAGGUGACCUUCACGAAAAGAAAGUUUGGAUUAAUGAAGAAAGCCUAUGAACUAAGCGUGCUUUGCGACUGUGAAAUAGCACUCAUAAUUUUCAACAGUUCUAACAAGCUGUUUCAAUACGCCAGCACUGAUAUGGACAAAGUUCUUCUCAAAUACACAGAAUACAAUGAACCCCAUGAGAGCAGAACUAACUCGGAUAUUGUUGAGGCUCUGAACAAGAAGGAAAACAGAGGGUGCGACAGCCCAGACCCUGACACUUCCUAUGUGCUCACGCCACAUACAGAAGAAAAAUAUAAAAAAAUUAAUGAAGAGUUUGAUAAUAUGAUGCGGAAUCAUAAAAUCGCACCUGGGUUGCCUCCGCAGAACUUCUCAAUGUCGGUCACUGUUCCUGUAUCCAGCCCCAAUUCUUUAAACUAUAGUAGCCCUGGGAGCUCUCUUGUAUCCCCAGCCUUGGCAGCAAGCUCUACCUUGACAGAUCCCACACUGCUAACUCCUCCUCAAGCUUCGUUGCAUCGAAAUGUAUCACCUGGAGGGCCUCAGAGACCCCCAAGUACAGGUAGCGCAGGUGGAAUGUUGACCACCACCGAUCUCUCAGUGCCAAAUGGAACUGGUUCUAGUCCAGUGGGAAACGGUUUUGUGAACUCACGAGCAUCUCCAGGUCUGCUUAGCAGCACCGGUGGCGGGAACGGUUUAAGCAAAGUGAUGCCUACAAAAUCUCCCCCACCUCCUGGUGGGGGCAACCUUGGAAUGAACAGUCGCAAACCAGAUCUCCGGGUUGUCAUUCCUCCGUCUAGCAAAGGCAUGAUGCCUCCAUUGUCGGAGGAGGAUGAAUUGGAGUUGGUGAGUCUGGGUUCUUACUUGAACACCCAGAGGUUAAGUAGUUCUCAGUCCACGCAACCUCUUGCAACACCAGUUGUAUCUGUGACAACUCCAAGCUUGCCCCCACAAGGACUGGUCUAUUCUGCCAUGCCUACAGCUUACAAUACUGAUUACUCCUUGACUAGCGCAGACCUGUCAGCCCUGCAGGGGUUUAACUCCCCAGGAAUGCUGUCAUUAGGACAAGUUUCUGCCUGGCAACAGCAUCAUCUAGGACAGGCAGCUCUCAGCUCUCUUGUAACGGGAAGCCAGUUAUCCCAGGGUUCCAGUUUAUCCAUCAACACCAAUCAGAAUCUUAACAUUAAGUCCGAACCGAUUUCACCUCCUCGAGAAAGGGUGACCCCUUCCACGUUCCAGUCGCAGCCGCAGGCAUCUCAACAGCCGCCUCCACAGCAACCGCCACCACCUCUUCAACAGUCGCGGCAAGAAAUGGGCCGCUCCCCGGUGGAUAGCCUCAGCAGCUCUAGCAGUUCCUACGACGGCAGCGACCGGGAGGAUCCCCGGGGCGACUUCCAUUCGCCGGUGGGGCUGGGGAGGCCUCCCAAUUCAGAAGAUCGCGAGAGCCCGACGGUCAAGCGGAUGAGAAUGGACACCUGGGUGACCUAAGCCUGCCGUUCUCCACGCGUCGGCUUUCCACUUUCAAAUUACACCCCCCCCCCUCCAAUGAACAGUCCUGACAUAUCUAAAUUUAUAAAUAAGGACCUCGAAUAAAUAUUUAUAUGUGUAUAUAUAUAUUAUAUUAUAUAUAUAUAUAUACAUGCAUAUAUAUAUCUUUGUAUACAUAUAUAUGUGUGUGAAUGUGUAGCAAGACACAAGAAAAGAAAAAAACGGGCACUUAAUACCAAUGUUUUUAUAUGGUUGCGGAUGCCCUUGUGGGUUAAACAAGUAUAACAGAAGAUUUCCCCACCCUUCGUAGGCCUUGGCCUCACCUGGCACUUAAUGCUGGACUUUUGGUUGUGCAAAAGAAAUAUUCUCCCCCUUAUAUAAACUAUCCAGUUAGAUGGCUUGAACCAUCAGGGCCUGCCUCUAGUAGUGUUCCUGUGUGUUUUUUAACAGUUGUGUGGUUUCCUGUAAUUAAAAUUACGCUUUGUAGCAGCAGAGCAGUAGAAAAAGAAAGCAAUACUGUACAUAGGAUGACCUCUCUCUCUAACCCAGUCUAGCAUGGGUCUCUCUUGCAAAGAAUGCAUGGAGAAGGGCUGGUAUUAUUUUAAAAACACACACACACACACAUACACACACACACACACACACACUCAAACUCCUGUUUUUGCACGUGCAAAACAAUGCUGGGUCUGAUAAGAUUUUUUGUUUGUUUGUUUGAAACCACAUGAGACAGACUCAUGAAUAAUACGCAUGAAAUCUUCAGAAGAUGUUAGCCUAUGAGAUAUCUAUAAAGAAAAAAAGAAUUAAUAUAUUAAGUUAUAAUUGGAAUAUGUUUUAAAAGCUUUCUUAUGUUAAUCGUACCUUUUUUAAAAUAUAGAGAACCAAUUUUAGCUCGUGUAUAUUUUUUAUUAAAGAAAACCAUACGUCCCUUGAAGACUAUAUAGAAAGUUAUAUAUGUACUUUUGAACACAUUCUGCUAUGAAUUAUUUAUACAAGCCAAAGUUGAAUGGUGUAGCUUUUCUUUCUUUUUUUAAAUUUGUAGAGUAUACUUCUAACUUGAUUUUUGACUGUCUAUUGUUUUUAUUUUCAGGGGAGGAAGGAAAAAAAAAAAUUGCAGGCAGAACCUUAGGGAAAAAUAAGCCAUGAAUAUUCUUUAUGUAAAUUAAAAUUUGAGCCAAAUUUUGUGUAUAUAGCAUCUUAAAUAUAUGAUCACCUUUUGGUGUAAGUACGUAUGUACUGUACGUUCACCAGAUUAAAAAGUAUAUUUUUGUGGAUUGACGCCAACUUGAAGAAAAAAGAAGAAAAGGCGAAGUCCUUAUUAGUAGAGUAUUCACUGUUUAAUAUUUACUAUUUUGUUCAAUAUACUGUACUUUCUUUUGGAUUUAAUUAAUAUUCAGACUUUUUUUCAAAGGGUGUUUUAAAAAGGGGGUUGUCCCCUUCACUGGUGGUGAAUGUGUUUGUUAAAAUUGUACUCUUUUUUUUUUGUGCUGUAUAGUAAAGCUUCCCUUACACGUUUUAUAAAUAUAUACACACAGAGAGACACAUACAUAUAUAUAUAUAUGUAUAAGUGUAUAUUUGUGUGUGCAUGUGUGUGUGUAUAUAUAUAUAUCUAUAUCUAUAUAUCAAUAUUUAUAUAUAUAUGAAAAUAUAUAUGUAUAUAGAUAGUAAAGUGAUAAAUCCUUCCCUAAUCCUUCUUAUAGAAAUCUGAUACUGAAUUCAUCCUGCAUAAAUAGAAAAAGAUAUUGCAACAUGGUUUUUAAAGGCAUUCUUUGCAAAUGUCUUUUCUGGGGUUGAGGGAGCUAUCAUAUUGUUCAUGUAAUGAAAACAUGCACAGAGAAGCAAAAAGGAAGAGGGAUUUUGAAGUGGUUUGUGUUAGUUUUUGGACAAGGUAUAUUUUACACGCAUUUUGCUAAUGCAAGUUAUUUAGAAAGCGAGUUUACACUUUGAGGGGGAGUGGUGGCAGCUGUUUAGGAGUUUCCUCUAGUGUGUUCAGAUAUCCAACCUGUAUUUUUGAGCACACGUUAGAAUAUUUAAAUCUCUGGACCCCAAGGGCUGCUCCGUGGCUUUCAUUUGCACUAAUUGUAGAUUUAAAGACAGCAUCACGCCAGGUCUAAAUUUGGCCUUAUGGUGUACAAUACGGGUGGGUGCAUGUGUCAGUAUCUCAGAGUUGAGCAUAGAAGAACGUAAUAUUCACUUUUAGCCAUUUCAUUUCAGUGGAUUCUCUUCUGCCGUCUUGAGGAAGUUAUCCCCUUGGCUGUCUCGAUCAUCAAGCCAUGCUUAACCAUCCUACAGUGCAGUUCGUGUACAAUUCAUUUCCGUGGAUCAGUUCACAUUCGACCCAGUAAAAACUGCUUUGAAUUUGGGAGUCUGGCAGGACAAAUGCAGGGAAGCCAGUUGUGAGAAUCAGUAAGCCUCUGGGCUCCAGUUGUGUGUAUCCGCAUAAAUAGUAUAUUUGAACGUGUGAUUUACCGUAAAUGUGAGCCAGUCACUGGCUGCUUUCUUUUGGAGUGAAAUAGUCAUUCUGUUUCAUAUCUAAACUAGAUAGUAUUUUGGAACACAUGCAAUUGAAUUCUGGAAUGCUGACAAAUUUUGAGUUUUAAGGUCAAGUUUUGACCCCCAUUCCUUCUUAACCUACAACCUUCUAAACCUCUUAAGCUUGCUGGAAAUCUCCCAAUUAAACAGAAAUGAAAGAUACUUCCUUUUUUAAAAAACACAUUACCUAUUUUUGUUUUCUUUUUCUAUCGUAUGAAUAAUCGUAUAUACCAGUGGUGGAUAGUGCCCCUUGUUAUUGUUUUUCAGUUUGGGGGGGGGAAUUACCCAUUGCCCCUAUUCUUUGUGAUCAUUUCUCAGUGUUUUGAGGAACUAAAAGAGCUGGAAUUUAGCUACUUCAAAACUUGUUAGGGUAGAACAGAAAAUGCUGUCAAACUUCCUUGCUCCCUCGCGUGGGAACAACACAGCCACUUCAGUGAUCCUUCUGGUGCUUCAAAUGAGCAUGUUUCUCUGGCACUACAUGGACCUUCCCGCAGAUUCAAACGGGAGUUGUUGGGUUUUUUUCAUUUCACAUUUACUGUCUCAUUUCUUGUGUGCCUUAAUGCAAAUGGCUGUGCUGACUGUAUCUCAAUAGUCUUUAUUCCUAUGCAGGUCUCUAAGGAGUUACAUCAUCAUGCGUCUUUUUAAAAAACCAUACAACAGAAAAUCUUGGGCUUUGUAACAUUAAGCCACCCCACUUUUGUUUUGUUUUGCUUUAAGAAUCCUUUCUGGAAAUCAGACUUUGUUAAUUCUCGGCCCAACAGGUUGUUCUCAGAUCUCCCCCUUUCUGUUUUUUUCCUGUGGGAAGAACUUCACAUCAUGAAAAUGAUUUUUUUUAAUUUUAUUUUUACAAUUAGCACUAACUCGUGUAACUCUAGGCAUUUUUUGGACAUACCCUUUUGACCCUGUUGAUAAAGUUGCAACAGCAGGUAGGAUUGUUUAUGCUAAGUUAGUAAUAGCUGCAUCCUGUACUUUUGGCAUUUGAAUGAGUUGGUGUUUCUGUGCUGUCAUUUGCUGUUCCUUUGUACCAAAUAUAAAGUUUUGCACUGACAUUGCGGCAGUGAUGCAAAACAUUUUUACAGGGCGAUGCGUUUGUGAAUCAUCACCCUCCCUUCCAGCAGGAAUUGUGCAAUUAUUCUGUAGCAGAAACCUCUGGGGCAGGAGGCAGUCAGGCAUCCAAAGGGCCCUUCAGUUCGCUGCACAUGCCUCACAGACCUGAAUUUUCUUUUUGAAUAGUUCAGGUAGUCUUCGUUUAGCAACCACAAUUGGAACCGGCCACCAUUAAGUGAAGACAGUGCGACUUCAGCUUUCCUGUGCUUUACAGACCUGCAAUGGUCGUAAAGGCAAGGACUGCUCGCAAAGUGAUCUUUUCACCACUGUCGUAACUACAAGUGGCCAUUGCCCAAGGCUGACACUAAACAAGGACUGCCUGCAGUCCCUGACAUUGCAUGAAGAACCAAUUUUGAAAUCUUAACAGGAAUUUGUAUUACAUCAAUAAAGAUCUGACUGGAUUAAAAAAAAAAAAACUACUCUAAAAUGCUGAAAUAUUAUUUCUUGUUAUUUGCAAAACCCCUCACCUUAAAGCAUGCCUGAAGGCGCUCUUUGGUUUGAUCUUGGUUCUCAGACCCAGUCUCUAGGAUUUUAGCGACACUCUGAAAAUUCAUUCAGAGGUAUAUAGAGAGGUACAUUGGGUGGCUUCUGACCUGAUACAUUUCCGUUAAGGAGAUAUGGCUUGAAAUAUCCUCAAUACAAACCCUAUGCUGAAAACAAGAACUUCAGGUAAGUUAGGAUCCUUGGCCAAAGGGAUGAACAGUCCAUCCUCCCCAAGAUGGCUAGGGGGUUAUCAGCUUGACAGAGGGCUAAAUCCUCCUAGAAUUAAUUUUCAUUAAUUGAUCAAGCUCUUUUAAUAAGGCUGUUUGAAUACUCCCCCUUUUAAACUAAUGAAUGAGUUCAAACAAUGGAGGUGAUGGUGUAAAAUAGUUUUAAUGCAUACAUAAUAAGAUUUCAGCAAGACUGCAUAGCACACAAAUCUUUGUAGAAAAGAGGUUGCAAAGAAUCAUAGACCUAUUAAUAACUUUUUCUUUAAAAAAAAAAGGCAUAUAAAGAAACAAGGCUGUGCAGCACUUUGGAACAGUUCCAGAAAGGUGCUUUGGAAUGUAUAAGGGUGCGGAUGUAUGGGCUGUAUGCAACUCUUUUAAAGCAGCUGCAUCUUUUCCUGGGGAUUGCACAGCAAAAUCCUAGUAGGGAAUGCUUUAAGCCUUUUACCUAUUAUAGGAUAUUAAUGCAUAGGCAAGUGUACUGUGUGCACAAGAAAUAUAUAGUAAAUAAGGAACAUAAAUGACUCCUCCCAGAUGUCAACCAUGGGAGAAAAAAAAGUUUGAAAUUUAGAAUGUGAAAGACUUUUAAAAAGAGAGAUUUUUUUUCCUCACUUUGUUGUGCAAGAAAACACUGCUUUGCUAUAUUUAAAAAAGAAAAGCUUUUUUAAAAAAGAAAUAAAAUAUAUAUAUGUACUUAGUAAUUGUUUGUAGUCGACAGUUCACAGACGAAGCUGUUUGCGGUUAAAGCCGCCUGGCGGCACAAGCUGGACUUUGUUGCCAUCUUUAAGAUGAAUCUUUAAGAGAAAAAAAAAAUUAAGUUAAUCUUUUUCCCUGAAUGUGGUGUUUUUUUCUUCAUUAUACAAUAAAUAUUCUAGUGAACUUUUUAUCAAAUGGUUAAGAAAAUGCUAGAAGUUGUUGUAAAAUAUUUGUAUCUUGCAUUCACUAAAGUAAAAAUACUGGCUUUUACUGUGUA